GAUACAUCCGAACGUCCGUGCACAUUGAACACGAGGCACACGGCGCCAGGCGGACAGAUGGAGGGUCUAUUGCCGAGAACUUGGCUGGCAUGCUGGCCUGCACGCCUGCAGGGCUGCAGCUCUGCAGGGAGUGAGCUUAAUUCUCCCACGGUGUGCUCAUUGAUGUUCCUCGUUCAUGUUCUGGCGGCGGAAAAUCAUGGGAGAAUUCGGGCCAACCGCUCUAUAUCCGAUGACGCAUCCCAAUCAAAGUGUUCGAUGCCAACCAUUAGACUCAGCCUGACCACGGGUUAACGGCCAUAUGGCCUUCCGCAUCAGCACAUGCAUAAGCAGGAACAAGACGUACGGACUCGAAUUUCUGGUCCGAGUGAGC